UACGUCGGCCGAAUAAAUUCGAUUUCAUCCGAAUAAUUCAUCCAAGUAGUAUUAUUGCCAGUUGUAAUGCGACCGUCAACGAGGGAAAUGUGCCACUCUAUCUUCGGUAAGAUAUGCAAAGGCACGUUCAACGGGAAUUCAAACGAUACAUCAGACUUGAAGAUUUUCAUUUAAACUGUCCAGUCGAUUCUUUCGUUUUGCUAAUUUUCGUUCACCUCGCUUUGACGCAUGUAGGGUAUUUUUAAUCCGUUCCUGAUGCGUUAUCAUCAUUCUUCUAACGUGGGUGUAACGCUGGUGAAUAACCAGUGACAGAAAGUUAAUUGCGAUGCCCCACUGUACCACUAAUUUCGGCUGGUACUUGGGCAAGUUUCUCGUAGGUUUCACGGGAAUGUUCUUCUUUUACAUGGUUUUCCUGAAAGAGAGGGAAUAUCGUUGCUUGUGCAAACCGAGGAUGAGGGAGUUUCUACAGCGGAAAGGGCAAAAUACUAAUUUCUGCCCUUUAGACCAGGCAGAUGCGACUGCAGUAUCGGGAGCCGGAACAAAACAUAUUCUUGCGGGUGUAAGAAACGUCUGGACAUGGUGUACCAAGAUUCGGAAAUGGUUCGUGGAGAACGAUCCGGCGAGGAUUUCGGGGACUGCAUUUGCGUUCGAAAGAGACCUACUUAAAAAUGACAAUGACGUCUCCUUGGUAAAUUGCGUGUGCUCCAUGUCAUUACUUAAUCGGAAGGACAAGCCGACAGAAUCGAACACAAGCGUGCGAAGAAAACGACAAGUUAAACAGUGUCUCUUUCGCCACUGCAGCGGACUCGUAUGCGCCCAAAAAUUAUUGAGAAGGAGAAGAAACAAGCAACACUGCGUCCACUUACGCGUUUCCCAGGACGCGAUUCACGGCUAUUGGAACGUACGUAAUAAAUCGACAGACGAUAGUAUCAGAGAUAAAUACAGUCCGGACACGAGAGCAAAGGGUGAAAAAGUGGUGCUCGAAAGUAUGAAAAGUUACUGCGAAAUUGAACAUAAAGAGAGGACGGCUCCGAGAAGAAACGAUGAUUGUACGAAGGAAAUGGUUCUUUUGACCCAGUCGACGAAUAAAGAGAAAUCGAAGUUGGCAACGUUUCUUAAAUCAUCGCGUGUCAGAUUUAAUAAGCGUUGCAGUGAUCAAGAUGUUUCUCGGACGGUAGAAGCUAACAUCGUGAAAGAUAUCUGCUACGAUAAGACGAGGCUGUUUUCGAAAUGCGUUAACGAAGGCAACCCUGACACAUUGGAAGAGGGAAUUAAUUUAUAUUCAAUUAAUAAUACCGACGCACCGAGAAAUUCGGAAAAAGCAUCGGACAAGAAACGUUCGCACAGCGACACAAGCUUCAGCGAGACUGUGCUCACCGACAACUGUGUAGAUUCGAUUUUGUACCGUCAAUUGCGGAAGACGUGUGUCCGUUCUGUUGAAACGAAACUGGCGGAGGAUCGUUUGGGUGUUGAUAAAACGAUCGAGUUGAAAUUGACGCCCAUGUCCGAGCUGGAGAGGAUCGAGAAGAUCAGUUCGCAUUUGGAGAACGUUAACAGGACCGUGAACAAUUUCUUGGAUGACGUGCGAACGUUUUCGUUCAAACAAAGGCAGCAAUACAAUUUACAGCAUUCUAUAAAUAAGCGCGAAUCAUCUUCGAGAUUGCCGAACAAGUUCCCAUCUCGUAACAUCGAAAUUGCCCGGAAUUCGCAACAGGAGAGUAUCUCUCCGGUUUCUUGGCACAAGAGCACGACGAGUCAGAAGCUUCGAAAAUACCUGUGUCAGGAUUGUUACUGCGAGUCGAAAACACAUAAUUACAAUAACACGCAGUGGAGUAGCAGCAGGAAACGGUCAUCAUCCCCCCGAUUGAGCCCCUAUCCUUCGCAUCAUCCCCGAUACAGAAUGACGUACCCGCAGUCGCCGAGAAACGAUUAUUCAUUGGAAUGCUUAAGGCCGAAGAGAAAAAUCGAUUCGACAGUGUAUCACAAACUCUACUCUAGUGAGAAUCGUUCGUCGAGGCAGAGGCUUUCCCGAGAAAAGCCGACGCUACUCAUUUACAAAAAUAGGAAGUCGAACAGGCUGAAUUCGACGAAUUCGGCGUACAGUUCAUCGAGUUCCGCUCGCAAUAGUUCUGUAACGUGUCGAUGCUCGACUUGUAAGUCAUCGCGCUAUUCGAUGCACUCCAGCAAUCGGUACAAGCGCAGUGGAAACACUACGGAAAUCGAUUACGAUCUCCUGUCCUCGUUGUCGAGCUUCUCGUGUAAACGGUGCCGAUCUUGCUCGAUGUUGACCCAGAAUUCCACUAAUGACAAGCGGGAAAGAAUCUCCUCUUCCUCGUGCGCCAGCGUCUGUCGAUGGACUGGUACACAUCCCGCAGGAAACGAGGAGAAAAGCAGUCCGUAUCUUUCUUCCACUUCCUGUUCCUGUUCGUUGUCAUCGCUGUCGACGUUCAGGGACGAUUAUAAUUCGGAAGGGACGAACGGUGAACCGGAGAAAAUCGAGAGGCCGUGGAUCGGCGCGGGGUGUCGAAAAUUGAAGAGGAAAAAAAUAUUGUGCAAGGACAAAUAUCACGUUAGAUGGAAUUAUUAACGAAACAACAAAAUGGCAUCAAGAUAGGAUAUGUGUAUUUUAACAAUAAGAGAAGCGACUGCAGUCGUUUGGAAACUAGAAGUUACCAUCCUCAAUGUAACGUUUACGUCCCAGAAUGAUUCUUUUAACAAGAAACCAUCGAUAAACGGGGAAUUCAAGCGUGAACUCGGUUAAAUCGUAAAUUUAUCGUGCGACGAUGAAACGCAGGCAACAACAGUAACAGAACCACGGGUAAUUGACAGGUACCGAGUUAGCGGUGAAACUCCGUGAAUAAAUUAGACGUGGUGCAAAGGGGCGACGCGUCUCCGUUUGGACGCUUAGAAAAUCUGAAACUCGAUUAAUAUGCGUCGUGUCCGUAGGUGAAGAGUCUAUAAGUAGACCUUCCACGGACACGAACGUCACUCAUAUUCAUAUAUUACGUUCUGACCCGGGUAGACGAGACCUUCCUUUACGCUAACGAGAUAUCCGCGAUGGUUAACACUAUACAUGCAUCACGCGACGCACCGGUAUACGUCUUUGCCAAAAGUCUCAACCAUCAUUCGACCGGACCGUCGAAAAGAAGAACAAUUCUCCUGUCGUGCGUUUUUUAAUGUAUAUAUUACGUAUCUUUUUUUUUUAUUAUUCGUAGAUAACGUGCAUGGAUUAUUUGUUUGAUAAAUAAAUCAUC